GGAGGAGGAGGAGGGAUAGUAGGAUGACUGCGAGCUCGGCGGCGGCGGCGGCUGCGCCCCCGCAGGCCCCGUGCCGCAGGGCCCGCAGGCCAUGCGCGGCCCGCCUGGCGCCCCGAGGCCCCCAGCUCCUUGGCGCCCGGUCGGCGUGCAGAACGCGCCCUGGAGGGCGCCGCUCGCCGCGGGCCGCCCAGGCAGUGCAGGUCCAACGACUGACCCAGCACGCGGAGGCGAGCAUCUGUCGCAUGUGGAUUCGGAAGGGCGGCCCUAUAAUUUGAAUCAGAUCGUGGUCAAUUUCGCAAACGUGGGUGCGUAUUUCGCGAAGACCGUCCUGAAGAGGGACAACCGGCGAGGCGACAGACUCUUCGAUUGGGAGGGGGUGCGGAGGUGUGUGAAGCAUCUGAGUGAUGAGAGGAGCUUGAAAGUAGUGGGAGUUGUCUACCAAAAUAUUGAUGGCCCAGACAACGGUGUAAAGGUCUGGGACACCCCCCACGACAUCAAGCAGAUGUGCCAGAGCAUCCAGCAGACCCCACGGCUGACCGGCAAGAACCAGAGGAGCGCGGACGAUGAGCAGACCAUCAAGUGUGCUUACAGGAGAAAUUGCCGUUUCAUGGACAAUGACAAUUACCGGGAAUGGUUGGUGGAGAUGCGAGAUGAGAAAUGUCGGAAUUGGCUUGUGGAGAAGCAGGAGAUGUUGCAGACGCGAUAUUUCUUCGACAGCGAGCUUGGUACUUUUGACACCCUCGACGGCAACAUCCCGAUGGCCCUCCUGGACAGAAACAAUGUGAAUAGCAUGAAGAUGCCUAUUCCUGCGCACCUGGUCGGCAAGUGUUAGCCCGAGGGAUUGGACGCCAUCACUGGGAAUCAGGCCCCCCGCUGCUGUUGUUAGUAAAGUAGUGGCCGGCCCCAAGCAGUCUCGCGGCGGGCAUAGCCCAGGGAGAAGUACAGAAUUCGCCCUGGUAGUUUUCUGGACCGAGCUGGCAUCACUGCAGAGCUGGUCUGGAUUUGCGUGUUGACGCAUCACAGUUGCCGCGGGCCGCGGGAAAGGAUC